UGUCCAGUUGUGCAGUGACUUGUAUCAUUUUUAAGUCGUUUGCUUUUAGCUUUUCCAGUGAACGGCUUCAUGCGCAGCUUCUGGUAUCAACUUAAUAAGCUCCGAAUGCGUAUUCAAACAAGGAAAGCCCUCCAACUGUCAAUCAGCUAAUCGACGUUCUGUAGCCGUAACAAAGGACACAAAUAACUUAGCCAUCUGCUUCGAAGACAUUUCAAGCGCUCCGCACAUCUGCGAGGACCAAAAUCCUCACCUCAGCGAAACAGCCGCAUCAUGUUUUACCAAGACCCUUUCUUGCUGUACCAACAGACGCCGUUCUGCCACGGGAACUCGAGCGCGCGUAACCCACAGAACCGAUCGUCAUUCCGGAUCGACGAUAUUUUGGUUCCCCGUCAACCCUUCCUUGUGCCGAAACAGCCCAGCUUUCAGGAGCCCAGAUCUUCCGCUCCAAACGCCAACCCUUUAAAGUUUGGGAUGCACUCCAUUCUCACGCAGAGGCAAAGAGAUGACGUGCCGAUGUUUCAAGAUCCCAGCCCUGAAGUUUUAAGCCAACUGCCGGUGUAUUUUCGCGUGAAACCGACUCUUCGCACACCAAGCGGACGAAGAUGUCGAAAAUCACGCACGGUCUUCACCGAUCUUCAGCUGCGCGUUUUGGAGAAAACGUUCGCGGAGCAAAAGUAUUUGGACACGUCGAACCGCGCCAAGCUUGCGCAAACGCUGGGCUUGAACGAGACCCAAGUAAAGACCUGGUUUCAGAAUAGAAGAAUGAAGUGGAAGAAGGAAUCCAGUCCCCCGAACAAUCAGGAAUCUUCGACGAGUAAAGGUGACGGAUCGAGUGCGUCAGCUGGCAAAGAAAGAUCCAACGAAAAUGUCACAGAUGACGGAAAAACCUCCGAGGAUCAAAAUGGAGAGGACGAAACUAGACGAAAUUAAACUUUGUAAAUAUCCGCGAGAAAUAUCAAUUUCAAUUCUAUUAGGAUUAGCCAGGGCAAGUAUGAUAUUGGAAUUUAAUUUGUUUCUUGCCAACAUGCUAAAUUAUAAAUUGAACAAAAAGUGAGAAGACCAGAGUAGCUCUCAAACAGCAAUUAUGUUUGGAAAAUUUCAACCUCCAUCACAAAUGGCAGUUUAUUGUAAAUGUACUUGAAAACUACGUUGAUGUAAAUAGUCUCUCUACCAUACAGUAGAACUCUGUUUGCAUGUUUCUAUCCACUUUCUCGUUCGUUUUUGUUAUUGUGUUUGAAAAGGGCACAUUGCAAAUGAAUUAAGCUAUUCCCUGUGUUGUUUUUACUUUGAAAUAAGUGCGAAAUGCACUGAUUAGACAAGCGGAAAAGUGCUUGAAAGUUCGAUUUAUUUAAGAGCGGCGAAGAGCGUUUUGUCGUGGCUGCUCAUUAGAAAUGUUUUUUGCACGCGGUGGAGUGACUGACAGCCAGGAUGCGUUAAUGGCGAAAAAAAGGCACUAAUUGUCAUCUAUUCUGCUUUCAGGAAAACAAUUAGGGCCAUUUGUCAUAAAAUGACAACAAUCUCAAGCUUUUACGAAUUCACUUUUCAUUUCUUACUGACAAAAGGGGGAAAAUAGGGUUGGCUUUGAUGGGGUAUAGAUUGAUCAACGCUGCACUGAUUCAGAUCCGAAAUGAAACAUUUGGAAACUGAUAAACUCGGAUGCAAGGAGGAUGGCACAGGUAUAGAUGACCCGAUCAGAAAAAACUGAGUUUUGAGAACUAAAAUAGAUUAAGAACAGAAAUAAAUGUGUCGGAAUAUCGCCACCACCUUCGUAAACAGAUAGUCAAGAACACCGAGAUAUUUUUAGUCUUAAAAUGGAUUGCCCACCUUCUCCGGUGUAUGGGUUGACAUUAGGACGACAAUUUGUCUCUUUUUAAAUUUCCACCUUGUCAAGUACAAUUUCGUUUAAGCUUUUGAACAAAUUGAUCUUGUACAUAUCCGAGUCAAUUUCGUACAAGUGCUUUUUGGACAUAAUAACAUAAAUAUGAUAUUAACUGAACUUUGAACACGUUUCUUUGUUUGUACAUCAAAGAGGAACCUUUUACGAUUUAAAGGUUAAAACUUUGCUCGAGACUAAAUAAAAACGUCUAAAAGCUUAAAGAACGAUCGAUAGAUUUUGUUUUGAUGGUGUUUUUCACAUAUUCAAAAGUUCUGCUAUUGUUUGGUUAUAUGUCGAUGGAUUUUCGUCCCGUUUACAGCUCCUUCUUUACUUUUUGUCAUCAUGUCAGUGGACGCCAUCUCUCUGUUGCAUUGUUUUCCGCGUUCAGUACUGCUUUGGCGUGGUUUUCUGAAAAAAGUUUUGUCGCUUGCCUUAUGAACGCAAGCAACCUUUUGUAAAACAUACGAUUCCCUGAUAGCUGGAUGUUUUAUAUUUAAGAUUACUCAUGUUGUCGCUCAAGGCCCUUCUCAUAUAUUGUUUGCAUGUGGUACAUGUGAUGAUGCCAGCUAUUUGUGUUUUCUUGUUGCUCUAUUGAAACGUUUUAUCAACCACGCCAAGUCGAAUUGGAGUAUAGCCAAGAAACAUUACAAAUUCUUCAAUGUAAGCGCAAUCGGCAUCAGAACCGUUUCGCACUGGUCAUAAAUGAAUAUUGUUAGCAGUGUUUGUUUUGCUUUUUUCUUUUUUGUAAGCGUCGUGAUUGGCUCAAUCAUGAUAAAAGAGGUGUCAGGGAUCUAGCCAAUCAACGCGAAGACGUCGUCUUGUCGACCAAUAAGAGGCCGAAAACCUUGGUCUUUUCCCCGCUUUUCGCGGCUUUCCAAUCGCGAUAAAUGAAUUGCAUUUUCUGGCCUGGGCUUUUUCUUUGACCCGUUAUAUGUCUUAGAAAAAAUAUCAUUGGAAACGACCAUAUCUACACUUAAUCCAGCAACAGAUGAAUUCGAAGCGACAUUGUUCAAACCAGAUAUGCUUCUGGUUUCAAUAGAUGGCUGCAACUGCAAGGUUGGCAACUGGUUCAGUCUCGAGCGCAACCUUUCUAGUUUGUUAACAACGUCAUCAUUCAAAAAUUUAAAUUCUCCUGUUACUCCUUAUAUUCUCCUUUUAUUCAAUGCGGUGACUCCUUCGCACAAUCUCGUUGCUUUCCACCCGCCCUGUCUGAGUUUCAGGUUAUGCUGAGGCUACUGAAGAACUGAAAGGACAGAAGGAUUCUCUAUAAUUUGCUAUCAUUUGUUUAGACUACACCAGAAGAAUCUUGCUUUUUGUAUCUUAAAAUGAAGCCCUAUGGUGCGAGAGCAUUAAGGAUAACGCAACUUUAUGACACAUCACAAAAGACGCUUAGAGGAGCUCAGUCAUGGUUUGCGCAUAUUGAAAAGUUUAGCCUCAAGUUUUCAAAUUCGUCGUUUGUAAU